AUGAAAAGGUUUUUCUCCUCUAGUAAGAAUUCUCCAUCAAGAGAUGAAUCGAGUGGUAAUAGUCCUACUUUCCAUCAACUUUCCACUCCAAGCUCAUCUUCCAACAACUCAUCUAAUGGAUCAGCAAGGCGUCAUCCAUCUAAUAUGAGUAAAUCAAGUGGCAACUCGAACAAUAAUCAUUCUACUAUUUCCGAGUUGAGAUUACCCAAGAUCUUUACCACUGAUACCUCUACUAAUCGAACCACUGCCAAUCCACAUAUUACGAAUUCUGAUCCGACCAAUAAUUAUUUGAAAGACCCUAAUAUAACCCCAGAACUGGCUCCAAUUAUUCGAUUACUAGCGGCUCAAGGUCAUAGAAGGUAUCACGAAGGUACAUUUCUUCUAUUACACGAUUUGAAUUCAGAGGGAAACCCUGCUCAAAGAAAAUGGAUCGAAACUUAUGGUGUGUUAUUAGGUUCGCAAUUGGCUCUUUGGAAUGCAAAGGACUUGAAAAAUAGUUCCGAUGAAUUGAAAAAAAUUGCUUCUAAGCCAACUUAUAUUAAUUUCACAGAUGCUACUUUUAAACCCUUGGAUGAAAAUAUUUCUAAAGAUGAUUCUGUAAAGGAAAAAAUCAAAUUUACCAUUGUGGUAUCGACUACUGCCAAAAAUAGAUAUUUUUUACAAUUCCAUGCUAAGGAUUCAUUUGUUAAAUGGCAUUCAGCAUUAAGAUUAACACAAUAUGAAAACACUGCAUUACAAGAGGCAUACACUGGUGCAUUCUUGGCCAGUAGAGGUGUUAGAUUAGGUGAUAUUAAUGUUAUUUUGGCUAAUACGAAAUUCGAUUACGAAGAUUGGGUUAGCGUUAGGUUUGGUAUAGGAAUGCCUUGGAAAAGAUGUUAUGCAGUAAUUUCUCAAUCUAGUGGCUCCAAGAGGAAAAACAAAGAAUUAAAAGAUUUAGGUCAAAUUAAUUUCUACGAGAAUGAUAAAAAGAUUAAAAAAAGUUCGUCGAUGGCCACUGUAGUAAAUUUGAAAGCUGUAUAUUCCAUUUAUCCAUCUUCUCCCGCAUUAAUGGAUUCAUCUACUAUUGUUAAGUUAGAUGGGUUAAUUAAAUUCCCCAAUGACAAAAAUCAAGAACCGUUAGAAGAUACAAGUAUAUUUAUUAUGCCUGAAAAACAUAAUGCAGUACCUGGUUAUGAUACAAUGAUUAGGUUCUUAUUCCCUGUAAUGAAUGCAUUUAAAUUAUAUGGUAGACCUAAAAAAUUGAUAUCUGAUAAAGAUGAUGUAAAUUCUCUUUUAUUUGCCUUGCCAUUAUCCCCUCAUUUAUAUUAUUUAAAAAUUGAAGAUUUAUUUCCCUUGGCAAACUCUUCAACAAGUAACGAUUGGAAUAUUCAAGAUUGGAAAGAACAAAUAAAAAACAUUUUGAAGAAAAAAAUUACUACAGGUUACACAGGUUGUGGUUCUGCAGCUGAUCUACCAAGUACAGUAUUUUCUCCUACUCUUGGCUCCGCUGAAUUAUUUGAUAGUACUAAUACUAACUUGGAUUUAUUGGCAAAACCAAUCCAUCCUGUAAUGAGCAAUUCCACUCAAAUUGAAAAUACUAUUUCAAAUUCUUCUUCUAAUUAUGCCGAUGAUGAUCAAGACCUUGAUACUUCUACAGCUGCACUAGAUAAAAAUCAAAAUAAUACCCUUUCUGCAAAUCUUUCUACUCCUUCCCAAUCGAAUAGUAAAGCAGCGGUUGCUAGGAAUGUUUCACAAAAUGAUAACUUGUCUGCCAUUUAUUCAAACUACUCAAAUUCACCUUUUGGACAAUCGGAAUUAAGAAAUUCUAAAUUACAACCAAAUUUAAACGAUUCAACUACAAAUACACAUAAUUUUAAUCAUAUUGAUAAUAAUACUCCAAAUUCUAACGUUGAAAAUAAGGUAGUCUCUUCCAAUUAUGGUGAUAGUGAAAAUGACGAUGAAGACGAAGAUUUUGAAAGUGUAAAUCAUCUUCCUUACGACAAUGGCUCUCAAUUUAAUAAUACUAUGAGUGAUUUAUCAAUCAAUUCUGAGAAAAAUAAACAAAGACAAAAAGAAUUCGUUAAACAACAAUUACAGAACAAACAUAGCAAAGAAGAUGAACAACGUAACAUAUUUGAUCCUGAUUAUUUGGAACAAAACCAAUUAAUAAAUGAACAAAUGAACGGAAAUGAUAAUUCAAAUAGUACUGAUACCAAUCCACGUAAUAAGUUCGGUUUAAAGAUUGAUUUAAAAUCACAAUCUAAUAUCGAUUCUGCUGCCAAGCAAAGCCAAAAUAAAAAACCUAAUCAAAUGUAUUAUAAUGAAAAUCCAUAUUACGAUGAUGAAGAUGACGAUGACGAUGCUAUUAAAAAUAAUGUAAGUCAACCAAAUUACAUCAGACAUGAUGAAAUUAAUCUUCCAAGUAGUGCUGAUGAUAAUUAUAUGACUCCUCAAUCAACGAUAGAUAAUUAUCACCAAAAUUAUUAUAACAAUAGUGAUGAAGAUAAUGAUGAUUAUAAUAAUUUUGCUAAAUUACCAACCUUACCUCCACUCCUCUAUAAUUCGAAAAAUUCUCAAUCAAAUUCCAAAUCUAGUUCCCCCUUGGAUCAAGAUACACAGCUUCAUAAUCCUCCUUCAGAACAACAGAGGGCUUCACCAAAUAUUUAUACACGCCAAGGUAUGAGACCGAAUCCUGCUGCACCUAUAGUACCAGCUGUCAAAGGAGAUGUAUCUGAUAAUGGAAAUGAUGAAAACAGUAGCGCAAGUAAUUAUCAACUCCAUCCAAAUACAUUUUCUGCUUUGGAAGGUACUUCACCUAAAGUUCAUCAUCCAAUGGGAACUACACAUGUGGCCCCAAACCAAAAUUAUGUUCCACAACAACCACAACAACCACAACGUUCCCUAACACCUCAAUCACCAAUGCAACGUCCUUACCCAAUGGGAAAUAACGGUGCUAAUGGUUCUCCUUCUCAGAGAUCUGGCCAGUUUCAAAACACUUCCCCAAAUAUGAAUAUGAAUAUGAAUAAUAUGAACAACAAUAUGCAUAUGAACAACAUGCAUAUGAACAACAUGCACAUGAACAACAAUAUGAACAACAAUAUGAACAUGUACAAUAAUAUGGGAAAUAUGAAUAAUAAUAUGUUGAUGAAUGGCCAACCUCCAAUGCGUCCUAUGACUAAUCAAUAUCCACCUUCUCCACAUAAACAACGUUCAGGAUCUCCAAUGGGGAGAAAAGGAAAGAAGAAUACGUUGCCACCGCCACAUCAAAUGAAGGGUCAAGCCCCACAAGUACAAAGACAAGGUAGUCCAAAUUCUCCAUAUCAACAAAGACAGGGCCAAGGUCAAGGCCAGGGCUAUUUUGGUAAUGGACAACCCCAGAUGAAUAACCAGUAUCCAAGCCCUAACCAAAUGAGAGUCGUAACUCCUCAAGGUAAGAUGCAACCUCAGCAAAGAAAUCACUCACCUUUGAAUCCACAAUUCCCACAACAAUCACCAAUCAAUAAUAACCAACCAAGGUUCCCAAAUCAAAUGCCAAUGCAAAAUCAAAUGCCAAUGCAAAAUCAAAUGCCAAUGCAGAAUCAAAUGCCAAUGAAUGUACCCAAUGGUGGUAGAAUGAUGCAUAACCAUAAAAAACCACAGGUAGGUAUGCCACACCAAUUACAGAAUAAUAGGCCUUCUCAUCAUAUCAAUAAUGGACAAAAGUCAUACCAGGCAUCUGGAGGAUUCUCUCAAUUCAUGCCACCCUCUGCUCAACAGAAUACCAAUAAAAACCCAUACGCUCAUUAG